AUGCGCAAACCAUGUGACCAGGAUAAUUGGACAACGCGCAAACCAUGUGACCAGGAUAAUUGGACAACACGCAAACCAUGUGACCAGGAUAAUUGGACAACGCGCAAACCAUGUGACCAGGAGAAUGGGACAAUACGCAAACCAUGUGACCAGGAUAAUUGGACAACCCGCAAACCAUGUGACGAGGAGAAUGGGACAACACGUUCACCAUGUAACCAGGAUAAUUGGACAACGCGCAAACCAUGUGACCAGGAGAAUGGGACAACACGCAAACCAUGUGACCAGGAUAAUUGGACAACACGCAAACCAUGUGACCAGGAUAAUUGGACAACGCGCAAACCAUGUGACCAGGAGAAUGGGACAAUACGCAAACCAUGUGACCAGGAUAAUUGGACAACGCGCAAACCAUGUGACGAGGAGAAUGGGACAACACGCACACCAUGUGACCAGGAUAAUUGGACAACGCGCAAACCAUGUGACCAGGAGAAUGGGACAAUACGCAAACCAUGUGACCAGGAUAAUUGGACAACGCGCAAACCAUGUGACCAGGAGAAUGGGAUAAUACGCAAACCAUGUGACCAGGAUAAUUGGACAACGCGCAAACCAUGUGACCAGGAGAAUGGGACAAUACGCAAACCAUGUGACCAGGAUAAUUGGACAACGCGCAAACCAUGUGACCAGGAUAAUUGGACAACACGCAAACCAUGUGACCAGGAUAAUUGGACAACGCGCAAACCAUGUGACCAGGAGAUUGGACAACACGCAAACCAUGAGAAUGGGACAAUACGCAAACCAUGUGGCCAGGAUAAUUGGACAACGCGCAAACCAUGUGACCAGGAUAAUUGGACAACACGCAAACCAUGUGACCAGGAUAAUUGGACAACGCGCAAACCAUGUGACCAGGAUAAUUGGACAACACGCAAACCAUGUGACCAGGAUAACGGGACAACAGGUAAACCUUGUGACCAGGAUAACGGGACAACAGAUAACCCUUGUGACCAGGAUAAUGGGACAACACGCAAACCAUGUGACCAGGAUAAUGGGACAGCGCGCAAAACAUACGACCAGGAGAAUUAG